UUUUUUUCUAAUCGAAAAAAUGUUGUGCCGCGUGAAGCAAAAACAAAUCAAAUAAUACCGCUUCGACCAUUGGCGUUAAGCUGUAAUCUAACCUAACCUAGCUUAAAAUAUUUCAAAAAUUCAGUUAAAUUAAAUUCGUUAGUCGCGCUACUUAAGUGAAAAAAGUCUACGAGCAUGUGCAUUUUGACAGUCUAGUGUAAAAACGAUAUAACAUUGUGGGAAUUGUGACUCCUAUAUGUUUUUAUCAUCGAAUAAUGUUAAAAGUAUCAUGUCUUUAAAACAAGGUGAUAUUUUUAAUGUUAUGUUAUUAAAUUGUUUUUAUGAUGUGUUACUGAAUCAUUACAUUAGUUAUGGAUGGUGCUAUUAAAAUUAUGAAAAAAAAAAUUAUUUUUGAUAUUGAUAUGAUAACAAAAAUGUAAACAGCCUCUUUCAUAUUGUUUAGAUAUACAUACAUAUGUAUAUAAAAGGAGUAUUCUCAGCAAUAUGGACCCAUGUAAUAAAAUUAUGUCACCUUUUAACGUGAUAUUGUUUUAAAAUUAGAAAAGGGAAAUGUAUGUACAUAUAUGUACAUAAAAAUGAGCAGAGAAUUUAAUUUAUCGACAUAAAGAGACAUUUAAAUUUUAAAAAAUAACAAAUAACAAUAAAGCAACUGGAUGUCUUGUUUUAACAUGCAACUAAACUUCAUUGACAAUGAAAAGAGGGCUCCUAUUAAACCAACUUAUACACUGCAAAGUAAAAAAAUAUAUUAUAGAAUUUGUUGGAUUUCACUAUUCUAUUCAACGUUGAAAGGAAACCUUCCCGACAAAUAUAUGUAAUUGAUUACGUCGCAAUGAAUUCUAUUAAAAGUGUUAAAAAAACUGAAGAAAAAUAUUGGGCUAUUAAUAAUUGAGUUUAUCGAGCAAUACAUAAGUUUAUUGAUAAUAAUUCAAACUAUUAACUGGUUGACAGGUAGCUUACUGCCCAAAACCACAACAAGCUAUAAAAUUCUACAGAAAGAAUAUAUAAAGCAGUUCUUCUUUGAAAAACGUGUUGGUAGCGGAGGAACUUGAUAUCAAUAAUUAAGGAGAGUUGGAUAAUCAGGAAAAUUCGGAUUGGCAAAUAUAUAACCAAUUGUAUAUUGUAGAGAUAUCAGUUCUUGAUAUCAGAUAUUCUAACCGGAUAUAUAUUCCUUAAAUUUAAUACCUUCUUUACCUUCGUUGCUUUCAAGCGUAUAAAGUUUUUCUACUUUAAAAUGUCAUUGAUAAUGUGGAAUAGAAAUUUGCUCGCGGCUUCCGUAAUGGUUGAUAAAUCGGAGAAUAUGUACAGAUGACAUAGUGUUGGAAUUAACGGAUUCAAAACCUAUAUUUCUAAUAAAUAGUCCUUUGAUUAUUUAAACCAGCAAUAAAUAUGUUUAAUAGUCAGGACACAGUUUCUGGCUAUCCAUCUUCUUGUGAAGCAUUAAACUUGAAAUCAAGGAGACCUGUAAAUAAAAAAGUGGAAACUUCGUAUUUAGAUAUAGAUGAAAAUAUUCAGUCCUCUCGUAUAGCUACCAAAAACAAAAUUUUGAAGCUUAAUUGGUGGCAUUCGACCCAUCAAUUGCAGGAUGUAGAAGCAAUAUUAACACAAUCCAAAAGAAAAGAACCUGAAAAGGGCGAGAACUCUAAUAAACAUGAAAAUAACAACACGGUGUCUACUACACUGCAGUCAAAAUCUAACUCCAUAUUUUCUGGAACUCAAGGCGUGAUGGGAGAAAAGAAAAAAGAACCAGUAUUGGAAGCAGGCAUCGAUGAUUGUGACGUGAAAGACUCACAUAGACUUGUUGAAGAUGCUAAACCAUGUACUGGAAUUUUAAAUCCAGAUCAGGAAGACCAAAUGACUAUAAAAGGAUAUCGCCAUUCUUAUUUACGAUGCAUAAUUUGCUGGACUUGUAUUUGCCUGACAGGUGGUAUAUUACGCCUCGUCCUGCAUUGGUGGCGUCAUUGGCAUUUAUUUGCUACUAGCUGUCAAUGCCCUUUAGAUGAGGCAGAAAAGGUUUUGGUUACAGAAGACUUUGAAGGGAAGCACAAGCAGUAUUACGUAAAAAAUAUCUGUGCUUUAAAUGUGAAUAAUCCAAGAUCACUAUGCCUUAUGGAAACAGAUUUAAAAAACAUAAAUCCAGGAAUUAAUGAUCACGGUUUACAACUGUCAGUUCAUUUUAAUUCAGGAAAAUUUAUAAAAUGUUCAUCUAUACGAAUUUUUCGGUGCAAACAGUUGGUAUAUGCGUGGGAUAAUUCCCUUCAUUCUUUCAAAAAAAUUAAUGGCUUGGAUGUAAAUAUUCCAUGUGCAUAUUAUCACCAACAACGCGGAUUGAGUUCAAAUGAUCAAAUAUCAAGGCGCAUUGUAUAUGGAGACAAUCAAAUAACUAUUCCGUUACGUGAUUUUAAAACCUUGCUUUUUUUAGAAAUUUUGAACCCGUUUUAUGUUUUCCAAAUAUUCUCGGUUAUCCUGUGGUUCGCUUAUGACUAUUACUAUUAUGCUUGUGUUAUACUUCUAAUGUCAUUCUUUGGAAUUACUGUCUCAAUUUUACAAACUAAAAAGAAUCAAGACGUACUGUAUAAAACUGUUUCCAACACAGGAACAGCUUGGAUUAUUAACAAUAAAGGCGUAUCCAGUGAAUUCCCAACGCAAGCAUUAGUGCCUGGCGAUAUUAUCGAAAUACCAUCAUCAGGAUGUACUAUGCAAUGUGACGCAGUAUUAUUGUCAGGCAGCUGCAUAAUAGAUGAAUCAAUGCUUACAGGAGAAAGUGUCCCGAUUACAAAAACGCCACUGCCAUCGAAACGUGAUUUAAUUUUUGACAAGAAAGAGCAUGCUAGACAUACACUAUUUUGCGGAACGAAAGUUAUUCAGACUCGCUAUAUUGGAUCCAAGAAAGUAUUAGCAUUUGUUAUCAACACAGGAAAUAUUACAGCAAAAGGCGAACUAAUACGGUCUAUUAUUUAUCCCCCACCAGUGGAUUACAAGUUUGAGCAAGAUUCGUAUAAAUUUAUACAAUUUCUGGCAAUAAUAGCUUGUUUUGGGUUCAUUUAUACAUUGAUAUCAAAGAUACUGCGUGGAACGGAUCCUGUUAAAAUAGCUGUAGAGUCUUUGGAUCUUAUCACAAUUGUCGUACCACCAGCACUUCCGGCGGCAAUGACUGUUGGUCGCUUCUACGCACAAAAGCGUUUGAAGGCUAAUAAUAUAUUUUGCAUUUCUCCAAGAUCAAUAAAUGUAGCUGGGAGUAUCAAUUGUUGCUGCUUUGAUAAGACAGGAACACUUACCGAAGAUGGCCUUGACAUGUGGGGUGUUGUUCCAAAAUCGUCUACAAAUCAAUUUCAAAUACCAUUGAGAGAUGUCCUUCGUCUUCCGUAUGAUCAUUUUCUUUUUGGUAUGGUAACAUGUCAUUCAAUAACCAUUCUUAAUGGCAUAAUGAUGGGUGAUCCGCUGGACCUCAAAAUAUUUCAGUCUACAGGAUGGAGUCUAGAAGAUUCAAAAAACAUUCCAGAAAAAGAAAAAUAUGGAAUUAUUUAUCCAAUAAUAUUGCGGCAACCGAAGAGUUGUAUAUAUAAUAUUCCUGAAUUAAACGUUAGUACUGGACAUCAAAUUUCCCGACAAUCUUCUGUAGAGGAUUUACUUGCCACAGUUGGUCUCACACAAGCUCAGAAGCAUUUUGAUCAUGGAAUUGUUCGAGAAUUUCCCUUUACAUCGACUUUACAACGAAUGUCUGUUAUCACUCGAUGUCUUAGUGCUAAUUUAUUUAACGUGUACACCAAAGGUUCUCCUGAGAUGAUAAAACAGUUAUGCAAACCUCAAAGUUUACCAGAAGGAUACUCGCAACAAUUGUCUAUAUUUGCAAAGAAAGGAUAUAGAAUUAUUGCGAUUGCGUUCAAGGCUCUUGACCCAAAAGUUAACUACACAAAAAUUCAGCGGUUUUCCCGUGAAGAUGUGGAAAAUGAUCUUGAAUUUCUUGGUUUCGUUAUACUGGAGAAUCGUUUAAAGCCAGACACAACUGAAGUAAUCAAUACAUUAAAUGCGGCGAAGAUUCGAACUAUAAUGAUCACUGGUGACAACAUUUUAACAGCUAUCAGUGUUGCUCGUGAUUGUGGCAUAGUUAACUCAUCUCAAGCCGUGAUUACUGUGCAUGCAGAUCCGGUUAACAGAUCUGAACACAAUUCUGAUGAUAGUUACCGUCAUAAUAUUAAAAUGAGUAUCGACCAGAAUAGACAAUAUCAGUUACAAUACACAUUAGAUACGGGCAGUAAUAUUUGUGCUUCACAUCAAUUAUCUAAUAAUGGUAAUUUUUUUUUACAAGAAAGCACUGCAAGUAACUGCAGCGCCGAGAGUACGAUGAAUCUUCCCCGUAUAACGUCAAAUAACUCCUUCGAAAAUGAAUCUUAUAAAAGUUAUAAUGAAAGCGUUGUACGUUUAAGUAAUAGUUCGGCGAGUGUAGAGACCAUAGAUACGUGGACUCACAAUGAUACAACAGAUGUUCACGUAGAACUUGAAACGAACAUUAUUCAAGAAAGUAAAUGGCAGCAACAAUAUACAUUUGCAAUGGAUGGAAACACCUGGCAAAUUGUAAAAGAUCAUUUCCCCGAGCAACUUGGAAUUAUAUUAACACGCGGAUCAAUUUAUGCACGUAUGUCCCCUGAGCAGAAACAAGCUUUAGUUAUGGAACUCCAAAAUGUUGACUACUGUGUAGCUAUGUGUGGUGACGGGGCUAAUGAUUGCGGCGCUCUAAAGGCUGCGCAUGCUGGUAUUUCGCUUAGCGAAACUGAAUCCUCUAUUGCAUCCCCAUUUACUUCCCAUAAUUCUACGAUUUCAGCGGUUAUAAAUGUUAUUAAAGAAGGCCGAGCUGCAUUGGUAACAUCUUUUGGUAUUUUUAAGUACAUGGCCGCCUAUUCGCUUGUCCAGUUCAUAUCUGUAAUGAUAUUGUAUUCAAUCGAUUCCAACUUGACAGAUAAACAGUAUCUCUAUGUUGACCUUGGGCUAAUUUCGAUAUUUGCCUUUUUUUUUGGAAAAACGGAAUCUUUUGAUGGAAAAUUAGUAAAGCAAGUGCCGCUUAGCUCUUUAAUUUCUACGACACCCCUGGCCUCGCUUUUACUUCACCUUGCUGCCGUCACAAUUUUUCAGGUGACGGGUUGGUUUCACCUACGACAACAACCAUGGUUCACACCUUUUCAACAAACUGAUGAGGAACAUUUAGGUUGUUAUGAAAAUUAUACAAUGUUUUGCAUAUCUAGUUUUCAGUACAUAAUUCUGGCGUUUGUUUUUUCCAAAGGUGCCCCUUACAGAAAACCCUUGUGGUCAAACUUUUCGCUGUGCUUAGCAUUUAUUGUUAAUCUUAUUAUCAUAGUUUAUUUGGCAAUUUAUCCCAGCGAAUGGGUAUCAAAUUUUUUUCAACUCAUAGUACCUCCAGCAAUGAAAUUUCGAUAUAUUAUAAUUAUUUACGGUAUUGCUGCAUUCGCAUGCCAUAUUUUUGUCGAGUCUUAUCUGGUUGAAUAUCUGAUAUUCAAAAAGUAUCAAGCAAAGCGUGAACAAAAUUGGAUUACAUCGAAACAAAAAUAUAUGCGUUUGGAGUAUGAUAUUACCCAAAUUGGAAAUUGGCCGCCCAUAACUGAAAAAUAUGAACCGAUCGAAUCGCCUGCAUGGGAAGAAGGUCAGCCUAGAUAUAUUAGUUUAAUGGCGGAACAAAACCACGAUCCGCAGAAAACUUUAUUUCCAGGUUUUUGAAUCGUCGCUCAGAUAAUUUAAAGUAUACAAUUUUGUUAUUCACUAUAUAUAAAUUGCUGCGAAUGAAAUAUGUGUAUAUUAUAUAAAUUUUAUUGUAUAAAAAAGCGCACUAAAAACUUUCAAUGCACAUAAAUUAUUCUUGCUAGCAGUAAAAUACAAUUAGUUGUACUUAAGUCAUGGUGAUAUGAUGUACAAAAGUUCUGUUUUUUGGUUAUAAAUAAAAUAAUAUAAAUGGAAUGAUUAAAUAGAUUAAAGGUAAUGUGAAGUUCUUUUAUCUGAAUUUGAAAUGGACGUUUUAAAAUAAAUGUAUUAAAGAAGUUA